CUCCACAUGUGACUACAGUGUCCAUUUUUAGAGGAAGUGCGGCACACUCGGUCACGGUGUGUUCUUGCCCUUUCGUUGGGAUUAGAGAUGUAAAAUAAUAAUAAUUCAACCGUUAAUGCGUUUUUUUGUUUGUUUGUUACAUAUAUCUUCACAGGUUUAUUUCAUCUCAUUAUUGUUCGGAUUUUUCCCCCUUUAUUUUUCGUGUGGACAUUUUGAGAAAAAUACUUUUUUGUAUUUCUAAACUUUUCUUUCUAAAAUGUCAAAGUUUGCUCGCGUAUUUUUGUAGUCCACCUUCGUCUAUGGAAUCAUCUUGGGGAUAUUAGAAAUAGCCUAACGGACAUGGAGGAGUUUAUCAACUUUUCCCACACAAGGUGCCUUUUGUUCGUGAAUAAGGCAGCGUGCUUUUGGAAGACUAGACCAUGAGGGAACCCAUCGAGCGCACAACUGUCGAUUAGGCGACUGGUUGCUUGAGAGCGUCAAAAUAAAAUGAACGAUGCAGCCGUGUAUACGAUGUAAAAUACAACAACGAUCAACCGGAGGACUGUUUGAAUAGGCAGCGGGAGUCUGGAGAAGAGAAGAAGAGUGGCAGAAGCUAUUAAAGAAGACAUUCCGUGACAGCAGCAGAUCCCGACACAGCUUCAUCACAGAAUGAGGAUGAAAUACACAAUCUCCCUUGUCUUCAUUGUGGCACUGGUCAUCAUUGAGAAGGAAAACAACAUUAUCUCACGGGUUUCAGACAAGCUCACCCCAAAGCAGACCCCCCAGACACCCCUUCAGCCCAGUAACUCUGCCUCAGCCCUGGGUCUCCUGAAGUUGAAUGGCUCCUCCUUCUCUACCCUGAGCAAGCUGGACCCUGUCUUCACCCUCAUGAAGAGACGCCUGGAGAACUACACCGAGCAGAGGUCAGAGGUCAUAGGGUCAGCUGGAAACAGAAAGCACAUCCUCCUAUUGGCCACCACGCGGACAGGCUCUUCCUUCGUGGGCGAGUUCUUCAACCAGCAGGGAGACAACAUGUUCUACCUGUUCGAGCCGCUGUGGCACGUGGAGAGGUCGCUGACAUUAGAGAGCGGCGGGACCAACGCCACAGCCGCCGCCCGGGCCUACCGGGAAGUCCUCCAGGGGCUCUUCCUGUGUGACUUCACCCCUCUGGAGAGCUUUAUUGACCCACUUCCUGUAGACCACGUCACCUCAGCCCUGUUCAGGAGAGAAUCUAGCAGCUCUCUCUGUGAGGAGUCCGUCUGUAGCCCGUUCGUUAAGAAAGUCUUUGAACGCUACCAUUGCCGGACCAGGAAGUGUGGUCCCCUCAACCUGACCAUGGCGUCCGAGUCAUGCCAGCAGAAGGAGCACAGGACCAUUAAAUCCGUCCGGGUGCGCCAGCUGGAGACCCUGAGACCCCUCGCCGAGGAUCCUCGUCUGGAUAUCAAGUUCAUCCAGCUGGUGAGGGACCCCAGGGCGGUUCUGGCCUCCCGCAUGGUGGCCUUCUCCGCCAAGUACAACAACUGGAAGAAGUGGGCGGUGGACGGAGAUGUGCCCAUUGACGACGACGAGGUGAGGAAGCUGAAAGGCAACUGCGACAACAUCAGGAUGUCUGCGGAGGUCGGCCUGAGGCAGCCGUCUUGGCUGAGGCGGAGGUACAUGCUAGUACGGUACGAGGAUAUCGCUAGAUUCCCUAUGAGGAAGGCAGCGGAGAUGUACAAGUUCACCGGGAUCCCGUUCACUCCUCAGGUGAAAGACUGGGUGUUAAAGAACACCCAGGCUUCCAAUGAAGCUAGUGGAGUGUAUUCAACACAGAAGAACUCCUCCGAGCAAGUGGAGAAAUGGAGGUUCAGCAUACCGUACAAACUAGCCCAGGUGGUGCAGAGGGUUUGUGGACCCACGAUGAAACUGUUUGGGUACAAGUUUGUGAACAGUGAGGCGAUGCUGACGGACAAGUCUAUCAGUUUGAUCGAAGAAAAGAUUUUCAUACAAAACUUUUUAUAGACAUUUUACGGUAACUCUGAACUCUGCUCAUCAGACAAAGUGGACCAACAGAUACGAUUAUGAAGUGAUAGUUGUGAGGAUAUUUAUUGGGGACUGUACUAGUAUACAACAGAGUAAUGUAUGAGACACUUUAUAGAUACAUAUUAAAUUAUGACAUGUUACACUCCAGGGUGUAGAAGGAAAUACACAUUUUUGUGUGUAAUAAAAAGGAACGAAUACAAAAACGAGUACUACCUUUUAACUUUUUACAGGGACAUUUAACAAAAGAAACCUCUUGGUACAUGAGUACUACAUGGUAGAAAACCCUUGUUACAUGAGUACUACAUGGUAGAAAUCCCUUGUUACAUGAGUACUACAUGGUAGAAAACCCCUUGUUACAUGAGUACUACAUGGUAGAAAAUCCCUUGUUACAUGAGUACUACAUGGUAGAAAACCCCUUGUUACAUGAGUACUACAUGGUAGAAAUCCCUUGUUACAUGAGUACUACAUGGUAGAAAACCCUUGUUAUAUGAGUACUAAGUGGUAGAAAUCCCUUGUUAUAUGAGUACUGCAUGGUAGAAAUCCCUUGUAACAUGAGUACUACAUGGUAGAAAUCCCUUGUUACAUGAGUACUACAUGGUUGAAAACCCUUGUUAUAUGAGUACUACGUGGUAGAAAUCCCUUGUUACAUGAGUACUACAUGGUAGAAAACCCCUUGUUACAUGAGUACUACAUGGUAGAAAUCCCUUGUUACAUGAGUACUACAUGGUAGAAAUCCCUUGUUACAUGAGUACUACAUGGUAGAAAACCCCUUGUUACAUGAGUGCUACAUGGUAGAAAUCCCUUGUUAUAUGAGUACUACAUGGUAGAAAUCCCUUGUUACAUGAGUACUACAUGUUAGAAAACCCUUGUUAUAUGAGUACUACAUGGUAGAAAUCCCUUGUUACAUGAGUAUUACAUGGUAGAACUCCCUUGUUAUAUGAGUGCUACAUGGUAGAAAUCCCUUGUUAUAUGAGUACUACAUGGUAGAAAUCCCUUGUUACAUGAGUACUACAUGGUAGAAAUCCCUUGUUACAUGAGUACUACAUGGUAGAAAACACUUGUUACAUGAGUACUACAUGGUAGAAAUCCCUUGUUACAUGAGUACUACAUGGUAGAAAAAAACACUUGUUAUAUGAGUACUACAUGGUAGAAAUCCCUUGUUACAUGAGUACUACAUGGUAGAAAACACUUGUUAUAUGAGUACUACAUGGUAGAAAACCCUUGUUAUAUGAGUACUACAUGGUAGAAAUCCCUUGUUACAUGAGUACUACAUGGUAGAAAACACUUGUUAUAUGAGUACUACAUGGUAGAAAUCCCUUGUUACAUGAGUACUACAUGGUAGAAA